CAAAAAUGAGAGACUGGGGGAAAGUGUAUUUCCUGCUGUCGCGAAAAAAAAUUAAAUGUUCUCCACAUUUACGGCUGCCCGGCCGGCCCAGCACGUUCCAGGACGCUUCUGUGAGCGUAUUUAGAUGGAGCGAAGGGCGGUGGCCGGUGAAUGAAUAAUCAAGGCUUCGAUGGGCGGCGCAGGCUCCGUAUUUACACUGGGCCGCUCCGCCCUACGCAGAGAUAGAAAACUGUCUGCAGGCCGGAGGGAUGGAACAAGUGGAAGGAGAUGUUGCCGACAGGCACACAUUAAUUACUCCGCCACACGCUCUGCAACUCGUCCGGCUGCGCUCCUUCCCCAUUGCGCUGUAGCGGCAGCAGCAGCAGCAGCAGCAUCCUCCUCUCUGCAGAACAGGACGAGCGAUCAUCCGGGCUGCCUGCGUCGGAGCUUCAUGGCCGCAGCACUGACGAUGAGCGGCGCGCAGGAGGACCCGUUCUACCCGCUGCAGAAAGCGGCGCUGCCCGCCGCCUUCUCUCUGGAGGACUCGGCGCUGUUCGGCCUGGACUGUAAAAUCUCAGAAACGGACAAGGCAGGGCAGAAUGACUACACGCAGGUGAAGUGUGAGAUGGACAGGUAUCUCUCCCCUCCUGCCUUUCUACCGCAGGCAGACGGCCAGCAGAAGUCGCAUAGAGACAUCACGUCGGCGGCGGAGCAGUUCUUUAGCGGAGACCACGCCGGGGCUCCCUACACCCUCAACAUGAACCUUUACCUCCCCGACGUGGCCUACCUGAGGAUGGGCUCUUGUGAGCAGGUGCGGCCCCCUCAGGCCCAGAACCGCGCCGGCCUGGCCCAAAUUAAAACGGAAGCUGCCUCGUCGUGUUUCGGCCCGCACCUACAGCCCCACUGCCCCGACGGUACGCCCACGAGCAGCUGUGGCACAUCCGGGCACGAGCCUAGCAACGCUGCAUUGGAAACCUCAGCCAUAAACAUGUCGCUAACAGGGUUACCGGACUUCACGAGUGUUUUCACCCAGUCGGGAGGAGAGGUGUUCAUCAAACAGGAAAUGCCGUCGCAGUUCGAACAGCAAGGCAUCCACCACGACGGCAGCGGUUCACUCUUCCAGCUGCUGAACGCCGGGUUGGAUCAUCACCACAUUGAUGGCAUGGAGACUCAACAGCAGCAGAUGCAGCACAAUUCCAGUGUUCAUGCACCUUUCCAUAAUUUACCAGUAGCUUCGGCUUCUUCCCAGCAAGAGCAGGGCACGAAGGCGGGCUACCGCAGGGUGUACGCGCAUCCUAAUGCUCAGGUGCACUCCCAUUACUUGCAGCAGCAGGUGCCCUACCUGCCUCCCUCCCCGCCCAGCUCCGAGCCGGGCAGCCCCGACAGACAGAAGGAGCUGCUCCACACCCUAUCCCCUCCUCCUUCGUACGCCGCCACCAUCGCCUCCAAGUUGGCAGGGGCCACGCCGGGGCUCGGACCUGGCCCGGGACCCGCCGGCUUUGCCCUGCCCACUCCGGUCCAAGGCCCGUCUCCGGGCCUCCCCCAGGGCCCCGCAGCCCAGACCACGACGCAGAACUCCGGGACCGUCCGAUACAACCGGAGGAACAACCCGGACUUGGAGAAACGCCGGAUCCACCACUGUGAUUACCCAGGCUGCAAGAAGGUCUACACCAAGUCGUCCCAUCUGAAAGCCCACCUCAGGACUCACACGGGUGAGAAGCCGUACAGGUGCACGUGGGACAGCUGUGACUGGCGCUUCGCUCGUUCCGACGAGCUCACGCGCCACUACCGGAAGCACACGGGAGCCAAGCCCUUCCAGUGCACCGUCUGCUCCCGCUCCUUCUCCAGGUCCGACCACCUCGCGCUGCACAUGAAGAGGCACCAGAACUAGCCACGUUUUUUUUUUUUUUUGUUUUUUGUUUUUUUUUUGGCACUUGUGCCACAGUCGUGCUGUGCGAGUCCUCGUCCUGAAUCUCACGUAAAGCGCUCGGCUUGAGUCCGACAGCUACAGUGUUAAGCGGCUGCGCGAUGCCAAGCAGCUUUACUGACGUCCCAGCUCCUCCCGGUGCUGCCAUCGACCGAUACUAUUGUAUGAUAGCUAAGGAAGAGAACGGUGGCCAAGAAAAAUGUUUGGUUUAACACCGUCGCAAGGUGUGAUGGAAAUUUCUUUGGACAAAAAACAAAACAAACAAAAACAAAAAAACAAAAGCUCCAUAGCAUAAAGAAAAUGGUAGCUCCUUCACGUUUUCCGGUCCAUUUGGACUUUGUGUGACUGGAAAGAAAAAAAAAACAUUGUCUGUCUUUGUUGUAAUGUAGAACUUCUUAAUUCAAGAACAUCUUUUGUUUACGCAUUGGUAUGUUUGUUUAAAUAGCUGGAAUAUCCAGGUUUUAUUUUAUUUUUUAUUUUUUUAACCAAAUCCUUCGGUUUGCACUAGAACUGAUUGUGUAUCUCAUGCACCAACAAAACGUUCAUUAUCACAACUGGACAUGCCACGCCAGUCAUCGCUGUCCGGAUAUUAAAAAUUGAAAGCAUUUAUUCUCCUGAGACAAAGAAGAUGAAGCAUAGAAGAAGAAGAAGGAAAAAAA